AUUACCUGAACAAGCUUGGCAAGUCUUAAUUCAUCUUUGGCAAUUGUAACUUUACAAGCUUUACAUGACGCUCUGCCACUCUUAGCAUAUUCCACGCGGAAAGGCAGUUGUUCAGUCAUUUUUUCACAAUAAAAAACUAAACACGUUCGAAAUUAUUGACGUGACAAGAUAGCCACGUCGUAAACUGGAACUUUAAAAUAGCUCACUUAUCAAAAGACGUCAACAAUCGUACUAAUAAAUUUCGUGUUAGCUUUUUUUUGUCAACUGUAAGACGUAAUAGAAUGUUAUAGCGUUUCUUUUUCAACGGUCCCGAAAAAUACGCAUCAUUUGGGAGUCACUAACCAAUUAAAUUCGUUCAUUUCCCCUUCCUCUCUUUUUGAAUAUCAACAAUGUAACAAGGUUAGGUUAUAAAGUUGUAGUACAAAUUUUACAAAGAGUGGAUGAAUUAACAUUCGUAAAUAUUAUUACAAAUCAUUAUAAAGUGAGAAUAUGUCACUAAGAAAAUUCAUGCACCCUGAAAAUAAAUAUAAAACACCUCCUAAUUUUAAAGAACUGGCAAAUCUUUAUUCUGAUUUCCGAGAAAAUGUUACUGUCGAUCUCUCCGGAAAGCUUCGAUACAAUUUCAAUAGUGGAGAAAGUCUUCGUAUUUUAACAAAAACUUUACUUCAACAUGAUUUUAAUAUAAAUGUAAAAAUUCCUGUAGAUAAAUUAGUGCCAGCUCUACCAUUACGAUUAAACUAUGUUCAUUGGAUAAAUGAUCUUACAAAACAUGCAGGCUUUUCUGAAGUAUCAGGCAUUGAUAUUGGCACUGGAGCAAUAGCUAUUUAUCCACUACUGUGUGCUAAAUUAUACGGUUGGAAAAUUAUUGGCACAGAUAUUGAUGAUUCUACAAUAAAAACAGCCAAAGAUAAUAUUAAGAAAAAUAACUUAGAAUAUUUAAUCAACAUCAUUUCAGUAGAUGGAACAAACAUCAUUAAAGAUGCAGUUCUUACAUCUACAUACUCCUUUACUAUGUGUAAUCCUCCAUUUUUCGAUGUCGAUGACAUCAAUGGUAGAAAAAAGAAACGUACACCUCCAAAAAAUGCAUCCACUGGCAGUGAAGCUGAACUUCUAGUUGAUGGAGGUGAAAAAUCAUUUGUUUCAAAAAUGAUGGAUGAAAGUCUAGAAUUAAAAAAUCAAGUAAAAAUUUAUACAACAAUGUUAGGACAAAAAACAAGUUUAGCCUUUUGUAGGUCAGAAUUAAAAAAAAGAAAUAUUGAAAACUCUACUUGGACAGAAUUUUGUCAGGGGCACACAAAGCGAUGGGGUUUGGCUUGGACAUUUAUGUCUAAAGAUCAAUUGAAUCUUUCAACAGCUCCAGUAAUAAGAACGAGAUUGGUAGCAGCUGCAAACAAAUCAAAAGAUCAUAAUACAACUGAGUUGAAAUUCCCAUUUAAUGAUAAAUAUAAAAAUAUUGAAAAUAUCAUAACUGCUUUCAAAGAGUGGAUAAAUGAAUUGAAGAUUGAAAUUAAAGAAAUAAAACUAGAUGAUGAAGAAACAAAUUGUUGGACGUGUCAGUUGACGGCUCAAAACAAUACUUGGACCCAUGCUAGAAGAAAACGACGGAUAGCUAUGCAACUGGCAAAAAGAGAUUCCAAAAAAAGUCGAUUAUCUGAAGACGAAGAAACUACUUCAUCUAUAGUGGAAGAAAAAAACAAUGACGAGUCCCCAGUAGACUCUUCGCCAACAGAACAUCACCUACCAUUUUUGAAUAUUACAUUAGGAAUUGGUAAAUUGAAUGAGGGAAGUGAUGGAGAAGAGAACAAAGAAGAAAAUGAAUAUAUUAAAAUUUUUAUGAUCUACCAUAAUGGUGAAGGUGGUAAAAACGGACUGGAAUCUUUUAAACAGUAUUUAAUUAAUAAACUAGGUAUCAGAGACUAUUUUCAACAACGAAAUAAGCAAAUUAAUUCUAAAUCACCAAAAAAGAAAAAAAAGAAGCGAAUGUCGGGUAAGUGAAUUAUAAAAAAUAAUUGUAAAUAUAAUAUGUAUAUAUUACAAUAAUGUUUGUAUUGUAUACAAAAUGAUGGUUUAUUUAACUUAUUGAAUUUUUUUCUUCAUUCAAUAUCAAAUUAUACAACAGAUAGUAAACAAAUCAUAUAUCUUGAAUUUUAUAAUUAUUUAUUCCUUAUUGUUUAAGAUUUUUUAUUAGAUUUUCUAA